AUGCAAACGGAAUGCACUGAAGCAGCAACAGACCGCAGCAACAGCAGCAGCAACAUCAGCAGCAGCGGGAGCCUCUCUCUAGAGUCUCCGAAGCAGCAGCAGCAGCAGCAGCAGCAGCAGCAACCGCAGCAGGAGCAGCAGCAGCAGCAGCAGCAGCAGCAGCAACACGUUGGCGGUGCUACAGGGAUGCUGCGUUCGUUGUUCUCGCUUUCCUUCCGCAGCUACUCAAGAGGAGCUCCUGCUGCUGCUGCUGCAGCUGCGCCUGCUGCUGCUGCUGCUGCUGCUGCUGCUGCUGCUGCAACACAACCAGAGAGCAGCAGAAACAGCAGAAGCAGCAACAGCAGCAGCAACAUCAGCAGCAGCGGGAGCCUCUCUCUAGAGUCUCCGAAGCAGCAGCAGCAGGCAGCAAGCUGCUGCUGGAAUCUCCCGCUAUGCGCGCUCAUCGUGAUCACCAUGGUGAACAGCAGCAGCAGCAGCAGCAGCAGCAACAGCAGCAGCAGCAGCAGCAGCAGCAGCAAGCAACAACUUUUGCGGGUCCCCCCGCUGCUGUCAAGCGAAACAGUGGAGGAGCAGCUGCAGCACCUAGAGCUGCUGCAGCAGCAACUGCAGCAGCAGAUGAAUCUGCUGCGGCAGCAGCAGCUGCUUAUACGAAAGCAGCAGCAAAGCCCUGCUGUCUUUCAGCAGCAGCAGCAGCAGCAGCUGCUGCAGCAUGCACAGAGAGAAGAGCUUGUAUACAGCGCACCAGCAGCAACAGGAGCAGCAGCAGCAACAACAGCAGCAGCAGCAGCAGCAGCAGCAGCAGAAGAGGAAGCAGCAGCAUUCAGAUCAGGCGGAGAAGCAACAAAGAGGCCCAGGGUAUCUCCUCACACUGGGUUUGUAUUGGGAGCAGCAGCAGCAGCAGCAGCAGCCGCAGCAGCAGCAGCUGCAGCAAAAGAGGAAGCAGCAUCAGCAGCACCACCAGCAGCAGCAGCAGCAGCAUCUCUUACAUCUGCAGCAGCAGAAGCAGCUUCCUUACUAUCAGCACCGCAGCAAGCAGACUCAGCUGCUCCUUUCUGCUGCAAUGCAGCAGCAGCAGCAGCUGCUGCUGCUGCUGCUUCUUCUGCUGCUGCUGCUGCUGCUGCUCCCUCCCGCAGCAAGCGGCAGCAGCAAAGAGGAGGAAGCAGCAGACACCACCGUCUAGAACCCUACAAAGAGGUAUGGGGGGCCCCCCUCAGAUACCCCUUACCAAAAAAAGGGUACACAGAGGGGGGCCCCCCAGGGGCGCCCCUCGGGGGCCCCCCAGGGGCCCCCCUCGGGGGCCCCCCAGGGACCUCUCUUGGGGGCCCCCCAGGGGCCCCCCUCGGGGCCCUUGAGAGGGGGCCCUUUCAAAUACCAGGGGGCCCCCUUGGGGCCUCCACAGGGGGGGGCCCCCUUGGGGGCCCCCGCGCGGGGGGGCCCCUUGAAACGACAGGGGCCCCCCUUGGGGGCCUUGCGAAGGGGGGCCCCCUUGGGGGGCCCCAAGGGGGCCCCCCAGGGGGCCCCCUAGGGGGCCCCCUGGGGGGCCCCCAGGUAUUUGGGUGUGAAGGUGUUGGUGGUGAUAAGAGAGAGGAAAUGUCUUGGGCUUUGGCUGUGCUGCCUACGCAGGAAGGGGAUGAUGAAGCAGCAGCAGCAGCAGCAGCAGCAGCUGCUGCUGCUGCUACUGCUGCAAAAGAAGAACAAGAAGGAGAGGGAGUUAAAGAGAAUCAGAGAGCUGCUGCAGCAGCUGCUGCAGCUGCUGCUGCUUCUGUUGCAGCAGCUCGUUGUGCUGCCGCUGCUGCUGCAGACAACAGCAUUUUGAGGAGGAGAAGCAGCAGCAGCAGCAGCAGCAGCAACAGCAGCAGCAGCAACAGCAGCAGCAACUUCAGCAGCCCGUGGGUUGAGGCUGUGCCCUUUCCCUCCCUCUCAGCAUCGCCAGAGGCGAGCUUCAUGGAGCAGCAGCAGCAGCAGCAGCUGCAGCAGCUCCAGCAGCAGCAGCAGCAGCAGCAGCAGCAGCAGCAGCAGCAACAGCAGCAGCAGCAACAGCAGCACGAACAGCAGCGGCAGCGUCAUAGUCUUCCUCAUCUGCCGCUGCAGGGCUGCUGCUCCCAGCUGUCGUCGAUGCAGCAGCAGCAGCAGCAACAGCUGCAGCAGCAGCAGCAGCAGCAGCAGCGAGAGGAGUGCUCUGUUGCGGUGCCUCCACUGCAGCACAGAACCACAGAAGCAGCAGCAGCAGCAGCAGCAGCACGAGCAGCAGCAGCAGCAACAGUAGCGACAGCAGCAAAAGCAGCAACCAGCCGUUUUGCGCAGCUAUCGAGCCAUCCGCUUCGUCGCAGCAUCAGCAGCAGCAGCAGCAGCAGCAGCAGCAGCGUCAGCAGUAACAGCAUCUGCAGCAGCAGCAGCAGCAGCAGCAGCAACAGCCCCACCAGUCCCAAACGCAUGCAGAGAGCAGCAGAAGUUCUGCGGCGCUGCAGCUGCAGCAGCAGCCGUCUUGCGUGGAGUGCUGGAGAGAGUGACAGCUGCUGCUGCUGCUCCUGCAGCAGCAGCAGCAGCAGCAGCUGCAGCAGCAGCAGCAGCAGCAGCAACCGGUGCUGCUGCUCCUGCACCCCUCGUUGCCUCGCAAAGGGACGGCGGCAGCGCUCAGCUGCUGCAGCACCUUCUAGGGCUUGUCUGCUGCCUGUAUCAGCAGCAGCAGCAGGUGCUGCUGCUGCUGCUGCUGCUGCUGCUCCUGCUGCUGCUGCUUGGGAGCCUCCUCUACGUCGUCGGAGCAGACGGUGCAUGCGCUGCCAGCAGCGACCCAAAGCAGCAACUGCUGCUGCAGUUAGUGCUGAUAGGAGGAGAAGAAAGAAGAAGCAGCAGCAGCAGCAGCAGCAGCAGCAGCAGCAGUGGGAGCAGCAGCAGCAGCAACAGCGGGAGCCGUGGUGUCAGCAGCAGAGAGAUUUGCUGCUGCUGCAGCACGAGGGAGUACAGCAGCAAAUGAUGUGGGAGCAGCAGCAGCAGCAACAGCGGGAGCCGUGGUGGACAGACGAAACAGCAGCGCCUCUUGCUGCUGCUGCUGCUGCUGCUGCUGCUGCUGCUGAGCAGCCGCAGCAACAGACGGUUGAAGGCGAUGCAGCUGCUGCUGAGUCGUUAACAAAGCAGCAGCAGCAGCAACAGCAGCAGCAGCAACAGCAGCAGCAGCAGCAGCAGCUGCGCCGCUAUGCAUCCUGUCACAGCAGCAGCAGCACCAGCAGCAGCAGCAGCAGCAGCAGCAGCAGCAGAAGCAGCUCGAGGGUUGGCUUGCCUCACAGAGGACUGAUAAGGAGCAGCAGCACCCCAAGCAGCAGCAGCAGCAGCAGCAGCAGGGAUAGCAGCAGCAACAGUGGGAGCAGCAGCAGCAGCAGCAGCAGCAGCAGCAACAGCAGCAGCAGCAGCAGAAGUGGCAGCAGCAGCGCGCGGUGUGCACUGACGCCUGCUGCUACUUUAGGCCCUUCAGCAUCUGCUGCGAAUCCUGCUGCUGCUGCUGCUGCUGCUGCAGCAGAGCCUCCUGCUGCUGCUGCUGCUGCUGCUGCUGCUUCCUCUAUGUGGGUCUUUUUUUCUUGA